CAGCUGGUGUGGACCCAGGCGUCCCAGACCAGCGAGCUGGACGGCCACCAGCCGCUGCGCCAGGCCUUCAGCUACUUCCCCUACCCCAGCCUGGCCGACCUGGCACUGCUGUGCCUGCGCCACGGCCUGCAAUUGGAGAAGGUCAAGGCCUGGUUCAUGGCCCAGCGGCUGCGCUGCGGCAUCAGCUGGAGCGCCGAGGAGAUCGAGGAGACGCGGGCGCGGCUGGCCUGCCGCCAGGACCGCCCGGCCUUUGGGGCCCCUGCUGGCCCCCGCGCCCCCCUGCCGCAAACUGGCAAGGCCCUGGGAGGCAGGGAAGCCCCCGUGGCCGCACACCACAAAGCCAAGCCCCAGGAAUCCCCAGGCUGUUCGGCUGUGGCCCGGGGCCCCCCAGAGCCGGGGAGAGCUUCCACAGUCCCCUACCCCAAAGCCAAAGAGACGCUGACGCCACCCCACCUUUUCCCCACGCCACCCCCUCCGUGCCGGGCCUGGGCGGAUUCUCCGGCUGGCGCCAGCCACCCAGACACCGCCUGGGACCUCAGCAAACCCUGCCGGCGGGCAGUUGACACCGCACCGCCCUCCUCCGGAACCACCGUCAAUGGGGCUGAGGCUUGGGCCCGGCCUGGCCACCCCCACAGCACCCUGGAGGCCCAGCGGCAGCGGAAGAGCCGGCGGAAGAGCAAGGAGCAGCUGGCGGUGCUGAAGUCGUUCUUCCUGCGGUGCCAGUGGGCGCGGCGGGAGGAUUCAUGGCUGGAGCGGAUCACCGGCCUGCCGCGGGCAGAGAUCAUCCAGUGGUUCGGGGACACCCGCUACGCCCUCAAGCACGGGCACCUGCGGUGGUUCUGGGAUAACACCGUGCCCCCCGCUGCCACCCUGGAGCCCGGGCCCCGCACGGACACGGGCCCGCUGGAGCGGUACUGGGCCGCCCGGCAGCAGCUGCGCCAGGAUGACCUGCCAGCCCUGUGCCGUGAGUCGGGCAUGGGGGCCCAGCAGGUGCUGAUGUUCUACUCCCCUCACCCGAGCCCUGAGGUGGUGGUGUGCCUGGGCGAGGAGCCUGAGAGACGAGGACGAGGAGGCCGGGCUCAUGUGCAGGACGACGGGGAGGAGAUUACGACGAGCCGAGGGAAGAGGACCUGGCACCCAGGAAUGAGGAGCUUCGGAGACUUCCCGGGGAGGGCGGGGUUGGGAGGAGCCGACUCGCGCCUCUGUUUCUAG